AUGAACUGCAUUUCCACUGAGCUCCACGUGAACAGCUAUUUCCAGCAUCAAGCUUUGGCUCCCGGAAGACCUACAAAAUUUACACCGGAGCGCCUCCCGAGUUUACGAAAUAGAACGCCCAUCCGUUCAAUUUUGGCAUUCGGUUUUGUGGUGAAACAAUGCCCAUAA